CGUAAACGAUUUGGGGUGGUAGUAGUAAUAAGUAGUAGUAACAGUGUUUGAAACGUGCGGCAGUCUCUUCGCGGUCUAGCACGGCAUCGGAAUCGGCUAAGCUUUCAGUUAUCGUUUGACAGCUGCCGUUCGAGGCGGUUGCUAGAAGUGGGUCACAGCACAGCACCAGCACAGCCGAGUGAGAAGCAGCAGCACCUGAAUUUCACCUUUACAUCCUAGUAGUUGCACUUCCGAUCGCUAAAGCCUUCAAGCAGAGAGCACUGCAUUAAUCCGACACUUCACAAGGUUCGCACAAGAGCUGUAGAAUAAUCUGGGAUAUACAACUAACCACAGCGGAAACAACGACAGCAAAAUGGUGAACGAAUACACGGGACCACCUCCGCAGGAAAUGGAAACAUUCCUGCCUCAGGAUGCAAAGAACGGAGCCACUGUGUACAAGUUUACACCUGCCAAAUCUGAUGUCGAGGCCAAUGGCACAAUACAGUUUGAUCCGUUUAAAGAACGGAAAUUAGAACAUCCUACAACUGAUGGCGAAACGUUAACGCAUCUGCUGAAGGCUUCGCUCGGUACGGGCAUCCUGGCGAUGCCGGUCGCUUUCAGCUACGCUGGUCUGGUUGGAGGUAUCCUAGCUACCGUCUUCACCGCUUUCAUCUGCACGCACUGCGCGUACGUGCUGGUCAAGUGCGGCCACACGCUCUACCGUCGCACGCAUCGGACAGCAAUGAGCUUCUCGGAGAUUGCCGAGGUGGCGUUCGAGAAUGGACCGGAGUGGGGCCGUCGGUUUGGCAUGCCAACGUCGUACUGCAUCCGAUACGGGCUUUUCAUAACGUACUUCGGUACCUGUGCCGUCUAUACCGUCAUCAUUGCGACCAACUUCCAGCAAGUGAUCGAGCACUACUACGGCAGUCCGCUGAAUCUGCGUGUGAUGAUUGCUCUGCUGCUCGUGCCGCUCAUCCUUCUGUCCUGGGUGCCGAACCUGAAGUACCUCGCACCGGUCUCGAUGGUCGCGAACGUGUUUAUGGGCGUUGGGUUGGGCAUUACGUUCUACUAUCUGGUCACCGAUAUGCCGCCGGUCGAAUCGCGUCCGCUCUUUUCUCCUGUGAUGCAAUGGCCCGCAUUCUUCGCCAUUGUGAUCUUUGCGAUGGAGGCUAUCGGUGUGGUGAUGCCGUUGGAAAAUCAGAUGAAAACGCCCCAAAACUUUAUCGGCAUCUGUGGUGUGCUGAACCAGGGCAUGGCCGGUGUGACGCUGAUCUACAUCCUGCUCGGUUUCCUAGGUUACGUGAAGUAUGGUGAUGAGGCGGCAGGCAGCAUUACACUCAAUCUGCCGGUAGAUGAAAUACCCGCUCAAGCGGUAAAGAUCCUGAUCGCGCUAGCUGUGUACUGUACGUUUGGACUUCAGUUCUAUGUGUGCCUCGACAUUGGCUGGGUUGCCAUUAAGGAUCGGUUCACCAAGCGACCGAGACUGGUGGAGUACGUUAUGCGCACCAUCCUCGUGACUGCCGCCGUUCUGCUAGCUGUCGCCGUACCGACCAUUGGUCCGUUCAUCGGUCUCAUCGGUGCAUUCUGCUUCUCGAUCCUCGGCCUGCUGAUCCCAAUCGUCAUCGAGAUGGUUACGUACUGGGAGGAAGGGUUCGGACCCGGCAACUGGAUCGUGUGGAAGAACGUGAUCGUCUUCGUGUUCGGCAUCAUUGCGCUCGUGUUUGGUUCUAAGAGCUCCAUCCAGGACAUCCUUGCGCUGUACGCCUAGGUCUGCAGCACCGAAGGCUUACACGUCGUAGGAGUUGCAGGAGAUGGCAAUAGGCUCAAAACACAUGAAGCAAUUACAUCUAGGAGGAUCGGCUGACUGAGAAACAAACUGCCUUUCGUUUGCUUUUCUGCAGCUGUUCAUUUUCUAUCUACGUUUUGCUAUUUAGAGUUUUUGUGUUGAUUUACUAUUGCACGGCCGUUUUUGUGCAUAUGCUGCGCCAAGCGCAAUCGUAACUUUGGAUGUGGGACGUCUUCUUCAUCCAGACGUCCGUGUGAUCCAGAAGAGUGAAGAGCAAUAGCGCGUGCCCCCUAGUUGUGUCGUUAGAAGCAAGCACGUUGUGGAGCCUAACCACACCCGGAAGCGCAGCGAAGAUGUUUGUUAGGCUGGACCAUCAUCAUCAUUAAUACCACACAUACACAAGUGCCUCAAAUAGUAGAGCAACAGCAUAUACUGAUAUUGCGUAGAAGUAGUAACAACAGAGCAGCGACAGAAAAAACAGACGCGCAUCGUAACGCAACGAGCAGCAACACUGUUGCUUUAUCUGCACCACUUUUUCGGGCAGGCCGGUGCUGUUGGCUGGUGCUAGCGAUUCCGCGUCUGGUGGUACGGUACGUGUUUUUUCCACCUUAUUUGUCGGUAGAAAAUGGAAGUUAACAAAACAGCGCAUUUUUGGACACGUCGUUGUUGAACUUUUCAAGCAUCGAAACGCCCGGUCUCAGGGAUAUGAUGAGUGAGCAUUUCAAAAAGUUACAAACAAAUCUCGCCAAAACAUAACAAACCAAGAACAAACCAAAAGCCAUCAUUAUUGUUGUGUGUGUGUGAGUGUACGGCAGCAAAACGAAUGGUUAGUGGAGAGGGAGGACGAGCUGGCGUUUGACUGUCUCAAUUGUAACGAAUGUUUCGCUGCCAUGUGUUGCUUUUAUCAACAUGCUUUUUUGUGGCUUUUUUGCUGAGUUUAGUUCAGAGUUCCCAGCCCAGUCCUACCACACACUGUACUGUACAGGCCGCCUCUGAUUUGCCUUAUCAAACGUUGAUCUCGUGCUCGACUCGAGGUUUCACUUACGACCAUAUCCCCUCUGCAAACGUGGACGAGUGAACGGUUCUUUUUAUAAAAGAAACGCUUUUCCUGCUGCGUCUGCUGAUGUGCACGCAGAACCAUCGAAUUGAACACAUACCGUUUGAGUGGAAAAGAUAGAGCCAUCCAGCCACAACAACAACCACCCGUAUAAGGGACUUCUGGGACAAUCAUUAUUCGGCAAAUGAAACCACGCUACGCCAGGUCUCUAGGGAUCGGUGAUACGUAUUAAACACUUUCCACUGAGCUCUCACCAUUAAGGACUCCUACCGUAAAGACGCUCAAAAUCGGCAACGGCUAGUGUCAUAGAGCAUUAUGCGUUGUGCCCGUUCCCUGAUAUAGUGUACUUCAUUCAUUCAUUUAAUCGUUCGUUGUUGGUUUGUUUGCUCCCAUUCCUUUAAUUAUUGUCCUAUUACCAUGUAAUCAUGUUUUCUCUCAUUGGCCCGCAUUAGACUAAGUGACUAUUAUUGGAAUAAUAAGUAUGAUGAUUUCGGUGCUAGGGCGCUACGCACUGGCACGUUAAGAUUUACGAUUGAUUGUAAGAGUGCGAAGAGAAAAGAAACAAUUAAGGAGAAAAUUUAAUAUAACAAAGAAAUACACAAAUAAAAGAA